UUCGCCAUUGAAAGAAGAAAAAUAGCUCGACUGCGCCUGCGCACUCUACGUGCCGUAAACCGUUUUUACUGCAGUGCGCAUGCGUGACUCGGGUCCAGAGCGUCCAGAGCUUUCGGAACGUCUCGAACUCUCUUCUCUCCCGCAGGAUCAGCUGAUCGCCUGAGAACAAAUCUGAGGCAACGAUGACCCGCCACGGAAAGAACUGCACGGCCGGAGCGGUGUACACGUACCACGAGAAGAAGAAGGACACAGCGGCCUCUGGUUAUGGGACUCAGAGCAUUCGAUUAGGCAAAGAUGCGAUCAAAGACUUUGACUGCUGCUGCCUGUCCCUGCAGCCCUGUCACGAUCCUGUCAUCACUCCACAUGGAUACUUGUACGACAAACAGGCCAUUCUUGAAUACAUUCUCCAUCAGAAGACAGAAACUGCAAAGAAAAUGAAGCUGUAUGAGAAGCAGAAAAAGGCGCAGAAGAGCAGCAGCCAGCUCGAGUCUAAGUCGGAGGAAAGGGAGCGGGUGGAGAGGUUCAAAACGAGGGAGAACAGCAUUGUGUCCAAACCCAUCAACCCAUUCAUAUCUGGACAGGACAACGGCGGUGAGACGGGCAGGACAGACGGCAGCUCCACAGCGGAAUCCUCUGCCGCGCCCUCAGCGUCCACCUCCAGCCAGAGCCUUCCCAGUUUCUGGAUCCCCACUCUGACACCGGAGGCCAAGCCCACUCUGCUCAAGAAACCAAGCAAGGCCGUGCUGUGUCCCAUGUCAGGACGACCCAUUAAGAUGAACGAGCUGAUCGCGGUGCACUUCACGCCGCUGGACCCGAGCCUGGACCGAGUGGCCUUGCUCACCCGCCAGGACCGGUACGUGUGCGCAGUAACCAGAGACGUCCUGGCCAACAGUGUCCCCUGCGCCGUCCUGCGACCCUCGGGGACUGUGGUGACUCAGGAGUGUGUGGAGAAGUUGAUCAAGAAGGACAUGACCGAUCCUGUGACCGGAGACCAGCUCUCUGACAGAGACAUCAUACCACUGCAGAGGGGUGGAACCGGCUUCGCUGCAUCUGGCGUUGCUCUCAAGGCCAAAGAGGCUCGUCCCGUGAUGAUGGUGUGAGACGGCCGAGGGACCUGCACUGUUCUGUACAUUCUCGUUGUGAUCCACACACUGAUGACUUUUUGUUCUUUAUUCUUUCUGAAGCUUACUUGUUUUUUUUUUAUUUAACCAGAGUAAAAUGAAUAGUCUCUAUUAUGUGAAACACAGUUCUCCCUUAAAUUAGAUUUUGAUUGUGUGGAUUGUGCCUUCAACGACUGUCCAUACUAGACAGAAUCAUUCAGUUAAGGCACCAGUCUAAUGGACUGAUCUGUCAUAGACUCAUCCACUGCAAAAUGCGCGCGCACGUGUUUAGUUGUGAGGACAUUUAAGUCGGUCCUCAGAACGUCGCAGGGCUCUUUUGAGGGUAAGAAUUGGGUUCAUGUUGGGUUGAGCUCAGGGUUUGCAUCGUGUCAACUAUGAUAUAAAAUGUGUGUUUUUUCUGUUAGGGUUAGGCUGCAUUAAAUGUUGAUGUCACGGUAUUUAAAUGAUAUUGACUGCAAUCAACGUUUUUCUGCAACUUUAUUUUGAUAUGUCAGUUCAAGGGGUUUUUACAUAAAACAUACAGAAACCAUCA